GGGGGUGGGCGUGCAAUGUUCUCAGUGUUUGCACACCCAUUGCUGCAAACUGUCCCGCAGUGGUGCCGGGUGUGCAAGGAGGUGGUGCCGGAGAUGCGGGGAGUUCACCUGCAGGGCGCGCCCCUUGUGUCUCCGCAGGAGGACGAAGUCCCGCCGGACACCAGGUCGGGGAUAACCUCAACCCUGGUACUGUCGGUCUUCACGGCCGUGCUUGGGUCCCUGCAGUGUGGGUACAACAUCGGUGUCAUAAAUGCCCCCCAAAAGAUCAUCGAGCAGAACUAUAACGCCACCUGGCUGGCGCGGCACAACGCGUCCAUCGAGCUCUCCACGCUCACCACCCUCUGGUCCCUGUCGGUCGCCAUCUUCUCCAUCGGGGGCAUGAUUUCCUCCUUCCUGGUGGGGGUCGUCUCUGAGUGGCUGGGCAGGAAGCGGGCCAUGAUUAUCAAUAACGCCCUGGCCUUCCUGGGAGGGGCCCUCAUGGGGCUGGCCAAGCUGGGCUGCUCCUAUGAGAUGAUGAUCCUCGGCCGGUUCCUGAUUGGUGCCUACUCAGGACUGGUAUCUGGCUUGGUCCCCAUGUACGUGGGUGAAAUUUCCCCCACCCAUCUGCGGGGGGCGCUGGGGACCCUGCACCAGCUGGCCCUCGUCAUCGGGAUACUCAUUGCCCAGGUGUUCGGGCUGGACUCCCUCCUCGGCAGCCCCGAGCUCUGGCCCCUGCUCCUGGGGCUGACCGUGGCCCCCUCGGCCCUGCAGCUGGUGCUGUUCCCCUUCUGCCCCGAGAGCCCCCGCUACCUCUACAUCAUCCGCAACAAGGAGUCCAAGGCCAAAGAGAGUUUGAAGCGGCUGACGGGGUGCAGCGACGUGAGCGAGGCCCUGACAGAGAUGAAGGAGGAGAAGCGGCGCAUGGACAUGGAACGCAAGGUCUCCAUCACCCAGCUCUUCCGCUGCCGGAUCUAUCGCCAGCCGCUGCUCAUCGCUGUGGUGCUCCAGCUGUCCCAGCAGCUCUCGGGCAUCAAUGCGAUAUUCUAUUACUCCACCAGUAUCUUUGAGUCAGCCGGCCUGGAGCAGCCGGUGUUCGCCACGAUCGGCGCUGGGGCCAUCAAUGCUGCCUUCACCGUUGUCUCGCUAUUCCUGGUGGAGCGGGCAGGCCGCCGGACGCUGCACCUGGUGGGGCUGGCAGGCAUGAUGGUGUGUGCCGUGGUGAUGACGGCGGCGUUGGUGUAUCUGGAUCGGGUGCCGGCGAUGAGCUACAUCAGCAUGGUGGCCAUCUUCGGCUUCGUGGCUUUCUUCGAGAUCGGGCCGGGGCCCAUCCCAUGGUUCAUCGUGGCCGAGCUGUUCAGCCAGGGGCCCCGCCCGGCGGCCAUGGCGGUGGCUGGGGGCUGCAAUUGGACCUGCAACUUCAUCAUUGGCAUGGCCUUCCAGUCCAUGGCGGAUGCCUGCGGGCCGUAUGUUUUCCUCAUCUUUGCGGCCCUCCUCCUUGGUUUCUUCCUCUUCACCUACUUCAAAGUCCCUGAGACGCGGGGCCGGACCUUCGAUCAGAUUGCUGCCGCGUUCCGACGCACCCCGUCUCUAUUAGACCACGAAGUCAAACCCUCCACCGAGCUGGACUGUCUGGGGCCAGACGACAACGCCUGACCUGGGGCAGGAGCAAUCGGCCAGAGAGAAAGAGAGAGACACACACAAGAGGAAUGUAACCGUAACCCAGCACUUUAAUGACACAGCAAGGUUUAGAGAUUUUUAGGUUAGUUGUUUUGUUUUUAGCUUUGUGGGUUUUAUUUUUAAGAUUAUAUAUAUAUAGAGAGA